GCAAGUUGCUCUUCCGUGUGAAGCUUGCUUGAUUCGUCUCAGCAUUCGCGUCCACUGCCGACAACCGAGGCCCGGAGGAACCUUGGAAGCGUCUCCACCUUGCUUCCGGUCCUUCGGCGGCUCGGCGCUCCGCUAUCGCAUGGGAAGAGGUAAUUAACCUGCCCGAAUCACGGAGUGGCAGAAAGCAAGAACGCGCGAUUCAUCACUUAGCAUACAGGUCAGACCUCUCAAUUUCUCUGCCGGCACCGAACACGCCUCUGUGUCACUUUCUGGUCGAUUGUACCACCACAACCGACAGGCCGCGUGAGCUACGAAACCGUGGUGCAGGCGACCAACCCGCAGCAAGGAUGGCGAUCGAACCGGGGGCUGAAACCCUCCUCACCAACGGCAGGAUCUUUCAAGCCUCCACCAACUCGUCAUCCAGGAAAGACCAGGAUGCCACUUUUGCAACGAGCCUCAUCAUCGGCGCUGACGGUACCAUCCGCCACAUUGGCAGCUCCGAAAAUGACGAUGAAGAGGGAAUUAUUGCCUCAGCCCUUGCAAAUGGCGCAAAGGUCCACGACCUCCAAGGCAAGACCGUGCUUCCAGGCUUCUUCGACGGCCACAUACACCUCCUCCUCCUGGGUAUGUCCUUGAACAAGGUCGACCUAGACCCCUGCAAGGAUCUGGAAGAUAUCCGGCGGACCAUCAAGGACUACGCGAAGUCUCACCCCGACGUCCCGCGGAUCAUGUGCAAGUCAUGGAUGCACACACAGACUCCGGGUGGCGUCGAUCAUAGCAUGCUGGAUGAUCUUGAUCCCAGGCCUAUUUUCGUGGAUACCAAGGAUCUGCAUGGAUGCUGGUGCAACCAGGCAGCCAUUGACGAGUUGGACCGUGGGUUGGGCAUCGGAGCCAUGGCAGAUCCCCCGGGGGGCACGAUUCAUCGCAACCAGGAGGGCAAGUCGACAGGUUUUUUCGAAGAGGCAGUGGUUUUCACCAUGAUCUGGCCCUUCAUGUCACGGAUAUUGACGGUUGAAGAGCGCGCCACGGCGAUGGAAACGGCAAUCGAAGCCUACAAUGCAAGCGGCUACGUUGGCCUUGUCGAUAUGGCCAUGGACCAGAGCAGCUGGGACUCGCUGCUGGCACUGAAGUCCCGACGCCCAGACCUUCCAAUGCGCAUCGCUGCCUACUGGCUGAUCCGCCCUGCUGACGAGGAGGACUGCCUGAGGCAGGUGGAUUACGUCGCCGAGAUGGCUUCCAAAUACAACGCCACCACGUCUCCAGACCUGAAGGUGGUGGGGAUCAAGCUUGUCUGUGAUGGAAUUGUCGAUGCCUGCACGGCUGCACUCAGCGAGCCGUACACGCACACUGGCAGCAUGACUGAACCUGUCUGGACAAAGCCAAUGCUCCUCCCAGUUGUCCGCAGGGCAGACGAGGCAGGGCUGCAGGUUGCCCUGCAUGCGAUUGGCGAUUUGACCGCCCGCAAUGCCAUCGACACCAUCGAGGCCUGCGCUGCUCCCGAACGGAGGCCGCGGAUCGAGCACCUGGAAUUAACCUCGCCAGAAGACGCGGCCAGGCUGGGAAAGUUGGGGAUCACCGCUUCAGUACAGCCGGUACACUCCGACCCCGCCAUCUUGAAGGCAUGGCCUAAACUCAUCGGCGAACAUCGAUGCGGAAGAGCAUUUGCGUACCGGGAGUUCGCCGACGGCGGUGCCGUCUUGGCUAUAGGAAGUGACGCCCCAACCGCGCCGCACAGCGUGACGGCUAACUGCUACGUGGCUACGAAUCGCCGGUCGGCGAGAGAGCCAGAACUAGAGACAGUCGUCAACGGACAUUUCGCACUAGGCUUAUGUGAGAGCGUCGUUGCUGGGACGCAAGGCUCAGCGCGGAGUUGCUUCAUGGACCACGUGACGGGGAAGCUCGAGAAGGGAAUGAUGGCAGAUCUUGCUGUGCUUGAUAUGCAAUGGGACAAGAUGGAAUUGCUCAGGGCGCAGGUUACACAAACUUGGUUCGCAGGGAGAAAGGUCUUUGACAAGGAUGAGAACUAG